AUGACGACCUCCGCGUUGCGGCGCCAGGUGAAGAACAUCGUGCACAACUACUCGGAGGCGGAGAUCAAGGUGCGCGAGGCCACCAGCAAUGACCCGUGGGGCCCGCCCAGCUCGCUCAUGUCGGAGAUCGCCGACCUGACCUUCAACACAGUGGCCUUCGCCGAGGUCAUGGGCAUGCUGUGGCGGCGGCUCAACGACAGUGGCAAGAACUGGCGGCACGUGUACAAGGCGCUGACGCUGCUGGACUACCUGCUCAAGACGGGCUCCGAGCGGGUGGCCCAUCAGUGCCGCGAGAACCUCUACACCAUCCAGACGCUCAAGGACUUCCAGUACAUCGACCGCGACGGCAAGGACCAGGGCGUCAACGUGCGCGAGAAGGUCAAGCAGGUGAUGGCCUUGCUCAAGGACGAGGAGCGCCUCCGGCAGGAGCGGACCCAUGCCCUCAAGACCAAGGAGCGCAUGGCGCUGGAGGGCACGGGCAUUGGCAGCGGGCAGCCGGGCCUCGGUCGCUCUCGCGGUUCCCCGUCCUCCUACAACUCCUCCUCCUCGUCGCCCCGCUACACCUCUGACUUGGAGCAGGCCCGGCCCCAGACGUCAGGAGAAGAGGAGCUGCAGCUCCAGCUGGCCCUGGCCAUGAGCCGUGAGGAGGCUGAGAAGCCAGUCCCCCCAGCCUCCCACAGGGAUGAGGAUCUGCAACUGCAGCUGGCUCUGCGUCUGAGCCGGCAGGAGCAUGAGAAGGAGGUGAGGUCCUGGCCGGGAGAUGACUCCCCAGUGGCCAAUGGCACUGGGGCUGCGGUCCGCCGUUGGCAAGACAAAAAGCCGGAGAGAGAAGAGAGAAAGGAGGAGGAGAAGCUGGAAACCAGCCAGUCCUCCAUCCUGGACUUGGCAGACAUCUUCGCACCCACCCCGGCCCUGCCCUCCACUCACUGCUCCGCUGACCCAUGGGACAUCCCAGGUCUCAGGCCGAACACAGAGCCCAGUGGCUCCUCCUGGGGGCCUUCUGCAGACCCCUGGUCUCCUAUUCCCUCAGGAAGUGCCCUGUCCAGAAGCCAGCCCUGGGACUUGCCCCCUAUGCUCUCCUCCUCUGAGCCCUGGGGCCGGACCCCAGUACUGCCCGCCAGACCCCCUUCCACAGACCUCUGGGCACAGAACUCCCCCCAGCACAAACUCCCCGAUACUGGGGCUGACCCUUGGGGGGCCUCAGUGGAGACCUCCAAUGCACCUGGUGGUACCUCGCCCUUUGACCCAUUUGCCAAACCUCCAGUAUCCACAGAGACCAAGGAGGGGCCAGAGUGUGCCCAGGCCCUGCCCUCGGGGAAGCCCAGCAGUCCUGCGGAGCUGGACCUGUUUGGAGACCCCAUCCCCAGUUCCAAGCAAAAUGGCACCAAGGAGCCAGAUGCGUUUGACCUGGGGGUCCUGGGAGAAGCGCUAACCCAGCGCCGCAGCAAGGAGGCCCGAACAUGCCGGACUCCAGAGUCUUUCCUGGGCCCUUCAGCCUCCUCUUUGGUCAACCUUGAUUCAUUAGUCAAGGCGCCCCAGGCUGCAAAGACCCGAAACCCCUUCCUGACAGGUCUCAGCGCUCCAUCUCCCACCAACCCGUUCGGUGCAGGCGAGCAGGGCAGGCCCACCCUGGACCAGAUGCGCACCGGGUCGCCGAAGCUGGGCUUGGCGGCCAGCGGGCCGGUCGGGGCGCCCUUGGGCUCCAUGACCUACAGCGCCUCCCUGCCCCUCCCGCUCAGCAGCGUGCCGGCCGGCGUGACCCUCCCCGCCUCGGUCAGCGUCUUCCCGCAGGCCGGCGCCUUCACACCGCCGCUCGCGAGCCUGCCGCAGCCGCUGCUGCCCACGUCGGGCUCUGCCGGGCCCUUGCAGCAGCCUCCACAGGCGGGCACCAACCCCUUCCUUUGA